CAUUUUUUUGCACAGUUCAUGUGCUUUGAAGUUCUUGCAUUUGUUCCACCCGCUAAUUCCAGUAAAAGCGGUGCCACUGCUGAUGAUGCUAAUGACGAUGAGUUGAGCCUUAUGGACCUUGACGGAAAUGACAUAAAGCCUAGCACUAAUUUUGCUGAGCUAGGAGCAUUAAAUGAAUCUCUACAAGAGUUGCUCGAUGGGAUCCAAGUAACUUUCUUCCAAUCUGAUUUUCUAUCUAUGCUCAUGGACAAUGUUAGUUACAGGAAAUCACAUUUGGGCUUUUUAUAUCUAGGGUGGGAAAUGGUCUCUAGGGAAGGAAGUUUCCCCUGAGCCUAUGGGUGUUGUUUUUUACAAGUUUGUAUAGUUUCCUCUUGCUACAAUCUACUACUGCAUCUCUGGUAGAAUUCUAACAUAUUCCUUCCUGGACCAUCAACAAAAAGGCUGUUAAAACUAUGGGUGGAAUUUAUUAGCUGCAUACUUAAGUUGUGAAACCAUGAUGACUAAAUAAAAACCCCAGAAAGA